CCGUUUGAAUGGAGAAGUUCUUUACAAGUGAUGCCUACCAGCACUGCAAGGAUAUUUUAAGAUGCCUCUAUUUCAAAUAAAGAUGGCGGCGCCCAUGAGGAGUGUGUUAUGUCAGUUGUUAGUUCACAAAUGCACAAAUGCCACUCCAGCAUGUAUGACAUACCGGAGGGCUGUCAGCUCAUCACCCCCAUGCUGCAAUCACAACAAAGAUGACAAAAACCCCCAAGUGUGCCUGUCCCCAGAUGACAGCACCCUACUGUGCUGGCACCCAGCAGUGGAGUUCCAAUACCAACACACAAAGCCUAUUCCACGAAAGAUGGAAGAAUUAGCAGAGGGGGAGUCGGUGCUUAAGGUGCAGUACCUUGUGUCAGAGAAACUGAAACAUCGGGAGGAUGGCCCAACUGACAAGGAGCUUGCCAAUAUAUUCUUCACAUCGAAACAUCGGUGGUAUCCACAGCCACAGAAGAAGUACAGGAAAGUUCGAACCCCAAAAGACAGGGACAGGAUUUAGGAUUUUCUAAUUGUGAAUGUGGUGUGCGACUGUGUGUGUUUAAUCAAGUAUUCAAUACUCUGGUGGCUGUUAGGUCUCUUGGUUGAAGGAAGCAGAUUGACUGUGCCAGACUUUGAAACCAGUACAAUUUGUUGCUAUACUAUAUGAAGCAAAUAUAGAACUGUAUUGAUGUUUACAGAUGAGUAGAAAUAAACUGUCCCUGUGUUGC